AUGCCCUCGAACAUCGUCGUUCUCGGCGCUGGAGUGUCGGGGCUCACAACAGCAUGCCUCCUGGCGAAAAAUGGCAAGCACAACAUCACCAUCAUCUCGAAACACAUGCCCGGUGACUACGACAUCGAAUAUGCUUCACCCUGGGCUGGAGCGAAUUACUUGCCCAUGCCGCCUCCUGCACCAACGCUGAUUGACAAAAGUGUCGCCAAGCCAGGCUCGCCGUCGGAAUCCUACGAGCGCAACACAUGGCCAGAACUAGAGAGGUUGGCAAGAGAUAUGCCAGAAUCUGGCAUUCACUUUCAAGAUACAUACAUCUACCGGAGAGAAAAGGAUCGAGGAACACCGGUGGAAGACUGGUUCAAGGAGUUGAUGCGCCCCAAUGCUUGGUUCAAGGACGUCGUGCCAAACUACAAGAACCUACCACCAUCUGAGUGCCCACCUGGCAGCGACGGUGGGACCUCAUUCACAUCAGUCUGCAUCAACACAGCCCUAUACCUACCCUGGCUCACAUCCCAAUGCCUCAAGCUCGGAGUCAAAGUACGCCGGGGCGUCGUCUCGCACAUCGCGGACGCAGCGAAACUCCACCAUUCCGGCAGGCCAGCAGAUCUGAUCAUCAACGCCACUGGCUUAUCAUCCCUCAAGCUCGGCGGCGUGCAAGACAAGAACCUCUACCCGGCGCGAGGCCAAAUCGUGCUAGUCCGUAACGACCCAGGAAACUUCAUGGGCUCCACGUCAGGCACAGACGACGGCCCCGAUGAAGCUGUCUACAUCAUGCACCGUGCCGCUGGCGGAGGCUGCAUUCUCGGUGGAUGCCUCCAGAAAGACAAUUGGGAGAGUCAAGUCGAUCCGAACCUCGCGACCAGAAUCAUGAAGCGGGCCAUCGAGCUCUGCCCGCAGCUCGUGCCUGAAGGCAGAGGUAUUGAAGCGCUGGAUGUCAUAAGACAUGGUGUUGGACUGAGACCGAUGCGGACCGGAGGCAUCAGGAUUGAGAAGGAGGUUAUUGGUGGUGUGCCGGUCGUGCAUAAUUAUGGGCAUGGUGGCUAUGGGUAUCAGACCUCGUUUGGCUGUGCUCAGGCAGCAGAGAAGCUCGUUAAGGAGGCUUUGGAGGGUAUGACCGAGUCUGAGGCGGAGAAGAUUGGGCGUGUGCAGGCGCUGGUGUCGAAGCUGUGA